AUGAGUCGAUUUCUCACUCCUUCUAAGGUCACCUUACUAUGCCUGGUGUCGCUGUAUGUCGAGGGCACAGUCCCCAACACAUCAGCUGUACCCGUCCUAUCCUUUCUGAUUUCUCACAUCCUGCCCUUGCCACCCGGAGACUCAGAUAGAUCUCCUCGCGCAUUCACUCGAGACAAGAAACAUGCCGUCUCUCUGGAUGCCCUUGAAGAGGUUCUCUCAUACCACGCCUCCUCAAUCCCUGGCCGCUCUGUCUGGGAUCUCCUACUCCGAAAAAUGUGGUCCCUAGACUGCUGCGACGCCCUGGAAACUUUCUUCGCUGACAUACACCAAAUUGUCGAAAAGUCACGAGAAGAGCAGAUUCAUGACAGGGACAAUGGUAUUGAGCCCGUCAGUGAUCGCAUGCUUCUAUCCCGGUCUUCGCCACUAGGCGCAUUUGUGCGGAGAGCGCAGCUGGAGUUUACUCGACUGCAAUUUCAUGAUUCGGUCAAGUUAUGGCGUGGAUUUGUCAAAUAUCGUAUGCCGACUUAUCGUGCUUGGGCGCGACGGCAUCCGUCCGGGGGAGAGUCGGCUGUUGAUGUUAACCUGGCAGAACUAGGUCUUGAUUCUGAUAGUCCCAUUGGCCAGGUGGUGUAUCGGAAUAUUGAUUAUGAUUCAGACGACGAAGCGGGUGUUAGUACCAAGGAUGUUGAGCAGCUGUUGAGCUUCCAGGUUGAGGAGCUACAAAGAAUCGGCGGGCGUGUUCCAGAUGAAGUUCGAGAUCAACUUGAGUACAUCAUUUCAGCCGGCGUGACUGUGCCUAGCAUGUCGCACUACAUUCGUUUCCUGGAUGCGUGGAAAGCAGGAGACUAUCCUUCAUCUUUUGAUAAUUUGCAUCGAUACUUUGACUACACGGUGCACAGCAGAGAUCGGAGUUUCUAUCAAUAUGCUCUACUGAAUUUGGCUAUUCUGCACGCAGACUUUGGGUCUUAUACCGAAGCUUUGUCUGCUAUGCAGGAAGCUAUAUCGAUUGCGCGAGAGUCGCAUGAUAUGAACUGUCUCAACUUCUGCAUGAGCUGGUUAUAUCAUUUCGGAAAGGCUUUUCCAGAGGAAAUGAAGGAUGUACAGAAUACGGGAAUGUUGGGUAGUGAGAAGGAGGGUCUCGCAUUUCUGAAGGCAAAGGCUAAGGAGACCGAGUCGUGGGGCUUGCUUAGUACGAUCCAUCUGAGUGAGGCGAAACUCGAUCUGCAGAAUGGAGAAAGUCUAGCAUCUGUCUUUGAGAACGUGGUCAAAUCGUUCUAUUUGAAUGUGACGAGAAAUUUGAGAACGACGAUGGGUCCACAACUUCUCCUUGAGUCGUCGUUAUUUACUCGCAUAGGUCUAACACAUCUUGCCCUACUGCAAUGUGACAUCUUCCAUGAAUGUUACACCAAAGGGUCACCUCUCGAAGACAAACUCAAAAUUGCCUACAGAAGCAGUCAAUUGAUAUUGCAUUGUGGUAGCUAUAAACGAGCAGUGGCUCGCCUCGAUGAUAUAGGACCGACAGAAUUACGCUCACUCAAAGCAAAUCAAUACUGGACAUUUUAUUCGGGAAUUUUGAAAUUACAGCGCCAGAUCCAUAGAGACGAUGCCGUUGCUGUGGAACACCUCUUCGCCCAACUCCAAGACAUCGGACUCCACGGCAUGGACCUCGACCUCCAACUGUCAUUCCUAGAGAUUGAAUUUCGUCUCCGAAAAGGCCAUCACUCUCAAGCAAUUGCGAUAGUGGAGGGAAUAGCCCAGACCAUGCAUCAAGAAAACUUUGAUGUCCUGGCUCAAAUCCGGUUACUGUGCUUCAAAGCUAGAAUCCUUGAAAAAACGGGUCUGCCACAACGAGGAUUCUCCCUGGCCAUGAGAGCUGCUAGUAUUGCUCAUCGAUGCCGUGUCUUGCCGGGGUUGUGGGAAGCCAUCGGUGUGCUGGCCACCGUACUUUUGAGUAUGCGUGAAUUCGAGGCUGCUGUAGAAAUGAUGGAGAGUAUUAUGCCUCAAGUCCUUGAGUUCGAUGAUCGAUAUCUCACAGCACGAUCCUACUCAAUCUUGGUGGACGCAAACAUGGGCUUGGCUGGAGAAGCCACCUCCCCUACGCUCCCUUUCUCGCCAGAUGACAACGAUGAUGGAGAAGCAGUAAAUAAGAACCCAGACCCGCUCAAGAAGAAGGAAUACAUCACCCGCGCAUCGGCGUACAUUGAUUGCUCGUACGAUGAAUACGAGGCUAUUGAGGAUUUGUUGGGACAGUGUGAGAUGAUGGCGAAGAAAGCUACGGUUAUGCAUUUGUCGGGGGAUCUGGUGUUGGCGAAUGAUUAUGCAUCGAAGUAUUUGGAUUUGAGGAGGCUGGCUAUGAGUGAGAGGGAGUGA